AUUUAGAGCCCAGCAGAGGAAGUGGUAAAGGAAACUAGCUGAGUCGGUUUCUGAGAAGAACCCAUAUUUGUUCGCAGAGGAAGCCGUUGCUUUCUGGGAUCUGGUUACAGCACAAAAGACGUCUGCUCCAAUAAGCGUGUUCCAGAAGACACCUGGGAGUUGGAGAGUCAAGGACACCAGCAAGCUCUGGAUUUGGGGUUCUCUGUCCAUGGGUGCGCCAUUCGCACUCAGCUUGUGAGCUUCCUUCCAGGAUAAAGCAGCUAUGGCACUGAGGAAUGUACCCUUUCGCUCAGAGGUCCUGGCCUGGGACUCCGACAGCCUUGCAGACUACUUCAAGAAGCUGAACUUCAAGGACUGUGAAAAGGCAGUGAAGAAGUACCACAUUGAUGGGCCACGGUUUCUGGCCCUGACAGAAAACGACAUCCAGAAGUUCCCCAAGCUCCGGGUGCCGAUUCUCAGUAAGUUAAGUCAAGAAAUCAACAAGAAUGAAGAGAGGAGGAGCAUCUUCACACGCAAACCUCAAGUUCAGCGGUUUCCUGAAGAGACAGAAAGCCACGAAGAAGACGAGGGGGGCUGGUCAUCCUUUGAAGAAGAUGACUAUGAAAGUCCCACUGAGGAUCAGGAUGGGGAGGAUGAUAAUGACUACGAGUCCCCCAAUGAGGAGGAAGAGGAACCCGUGGAGGACGAUGCCGAUUACGAGCCACCACCCUCCAACGAUGAGGAAGCCUUGCAGAAUUCCAUCCUGCCUGCCAAGCCUUUCCCCAACUCCACGUACAUCGACAGGCUCGCCUCUGGGAAGGGCCCCCAGCAGCCUCCUGUGCCCCCUCAGAGACCUAUGGCUGCCCUCCCUCCCCCGCCAGCUCCUGGGAAAAUGCAUCAGCCUCUACUCCCACCCCAGCCCAACCAUGAAGAGCCUAGUAGAAGUAGAAACCCCCAAGCACCCCAAAGGCUCCCUGCUCCUUUGAUAGACAGAAGCAAGAAACCUCCCCUAGAUCGGUCAUUAGCUCCAUUUGACAGAGAACCCUUCACACUAGGAAAGAAAACAGCAUUUUCUGACAAGCCCUCGAUUCCGGCAGGCAGGCCUCUCGGGGAGCAUUUACCCAAGAUACAAAAGCCUCCUUUACCACCAGCCACCGAAAGACACGAAAGAAGCCCCCUGCCAGGGAAAAAGCCACCUGUGCCAAAGCAUGGAUGGGGACCAGACAGAAGAGAGAAUGAUGAAGAUGACGUGCAUCAAAGACCUUUGCCCCAGCCAGCACUGCCCUCCAUGAGCUCCAAUACUUUCCCUUCAAGAUCCACCAAGCUGAACCCUAAGCAUUCCCUCCCACUGCCUCACAUGCCCGGAGCAUUCUCAGAAAGUAACAACAAUUUUCCGCAGAGUGCCUCACUGCCACCGUACUUUUCUCAAGGCCCUAGCAACAGACCACCUCCCAGAAUUACAGCUGAAGGCAGGAACUAUCCCUUACCAGUUUCAAAUAAACCCCAGCCACCAUCCCAUGAAGAAGAAGAGAAUUCAUUAAAUGAAGAAUGGUAUGUUUCUUAUAUUACCCGGCUAGAGGCAGAAGCUGCUCUUAGAAGGAUAAACCAGGAUGGCACUUUUCUGGUUAGAGACAGCUCUAAAAAAACAGUAACCAAUCCGUAUGUCCUCAUGGUGUUGUACAAAGAUAAAGUUUAUAACAUCCAGAUCCGUUACCAGGAGGAAAAUCAAGUUUACUUGUUGGGAACUGGACUCCGAGGGAAAGAGGACUUUAAGUCUGUGGCAGGGAUUAUCGACUACUUCAGGAAAAUGCCACUUCUGCUCAUUGACGGGAAGAACCGAGGUUCCAGAUACCAGUGCACAUUAACGUAUGCUGCAGGGUAUCCGUAGCAAGUUAGCCAAGGAAAUGAACCUUCCUCUUGCCUCUGUUGCUGACACAGGAAGAUCUGUCACCUUUAGGGAAUGGACAAAGCUUGGGACUGAAUAGAGCCCCUCAACAUGGAACGCAAGGGUUUUGUCCUUUCGUUUUUAAAAAAGUGUUUGAAAGGAAGACUGUCAAAUACCCCCUAAUUUAUUUUUCUUCAAUGUUUGUAAAGUGCACGAGUAAUGACGUUCAUGCGUAAAGUCUAGUAGUGCACUGCAAUAAUUCAUUUAUACGAAACAGAUGUGUAUUUUGAAUACCCAUUUCAAGGUACAGUAGUUCACACAGAUACAGAAAAAGUCUGGAGCAACUUUAAAAACAUUGAACUGUAAUAGUUUUUGGUAUCACAUGAAACUUUUUUUUUAGUAGACUUGUCAGUCAGAGGCAAUCAUCAGUUUUAUACAUAUAAUUUGAAAAUUACUAAAAUUCACUUUCUCAGCAGCAAUAAUUUAAGAGGCUUAAAUAUACUAUUUUAUUCUUUCUUAUUUGGUGGUUUUUUCUGGGGAGGGUGUUUUAUAAAAGAUAAACGUAUGUUGGAAUAACUCCCUGGGAUUAAAAUUAACUUUUUUUUUUUUUUUGCUUUACUUUUGGGCUUCUAAAACAACUUUAUUGACUUAACUAUUUAGUCCAUAUAUUAUUAUAUAUAUAUUUUGUUUUGAAGCAAAGUUAAGCUACAAAUACCAACAGAAAAACAUUUUAGAUUUAGAGAUGAGGCACAGACUUUGGUGUCUAAUACACCUGGGUUUAAUUGAGGUUGGCACUUCAUCGCAUUCCCACACCCACAUCCCGCCCCCCUCCACCGAGGCCCCUCCAACUCCAAAAGCAUUGCCAAGUGAUGUAGACUUUACCCAAGGCAUCUUGAGCACACGAAGGAGCAAAUCAUACACACAGAAAAAUUUAAUCAGACAUUUCUGUUAGAUUCUCCUCUUCCCUUCCUCUCUCCAUCUCUUUUUAUCCCUCUGACGACUGCCAUAAAGCCCUUUCUCUUCAUCCUUUCCAAAAAGGCUCUAUAAAUCCUCCAAAGCAAUCUAGUUCUCUCCUUCAGUUUGCAUAUCUCACUUAACAAAAAAGUAGUAGUAGUCGGCGUUUAGCAAAACAAAAACCUGGUGUUUAGCAAAACACAGUGACAACUGAUUGCUUUUCAAGUUUUUCCCUUUGCGACCUCAGUUAUUAUUCCACAUCUUUUAUUAACAACAAAAAUUUUUGGUUUCUCUGCUUGAUCUACAAGUUUUCUGAGUGGCAAAUAGUAUCUUACAUUUUCAUAUUCAUGAGCUAGUAGAAAUAUUAUUGGAAGGGAUCUUAGAAGUCAUCUGGUUCAAACUGAUGAAUUCCUAAGGUGACGAGUCAGUGGAGACUUUUAACAAAUGGUAAAAAUGGUGUUUCACAAAGACCCAUACUACAAAAUGGAGGCUCUCAAUUUAGGGUCCAGAGCUUGGCAGUUCUAAAGCUGAAAAGCCCGUAUUUGUUUACAUGUUUAUUCAACAAAAUAUUCAACGAGCAUUUGAUUAGCGCCUAUUCUGUGUUAAACACUGAGCUAGGUGCUGCUGGACAGUGGGAAUAGCAGGCAACUAAAGUUCUGCUCUGGGGUGAGCUGAAUUUGCCCCUUGUUUCAUUGUAUUCCAUCCUCUAUGUUCAAAAAUAUCUAAAAUGAAGGACAUAGCAGAUUGCAAAGCAUCUAUAUUCUAGUGAAUCAUGCUUACAAGGUAAACCAAGCUUAUUAUUUUAUUUUUAGUCUCUUCUGGUAGAAGAGGACAGAAGUUAGGACUUUUUAGGAUGAAGGUAUUCUAUUCCACCGCUAUGACUCAACUCAGUGGUGGGUAUCUCAUGUUUUUAUAUGAUUAGCCUUCUUUUAUUAUUAUUAUUGUGCUUUAGAUGAAGGUUUACAGAACUAGCUUCUGAUUAAACAAUUAGUACACAUACUGUUUUGUGACAUUGGUUGCCAACCUCACAUGUCAACACUCUCCUC